UACUAUUGUGAUCAAAAAAUAGUCAGACUUUCAUUUAAAAAUUUAAAUCGUGUGAGCUUAUUGAAACGAUUUAAAUUUUUUUUUUUUUUGUUAAGUUGGUAACAUUAUGAAACAUCUAUGUCAAACUUUAUGUUAAUAUCUGCAACAGUUGUUGAGAUUCGCUCGUUUAUUUUAACCUAAAAAAGUGCUUUCGGCAAUAUUCAGAAUGUGUGAAAGAAUUCAGCGCAGAAUUUGUAUUUUAAUUUUGCUACAAAAAUGGAAUUUUGGCUUCCGACACAUUGUAAAUGUUAUGAAGGGUCUUUGGAGAUAAUACACUGGCCAGAGCAAGUGUUUUUGAUUGGUAUCAAUUAUUCAAAGAAGGCAGAGAACGCGUUGAAGAUAUGUUGAACGUCCUGGGUGUCCUUCGAAUGAAGGAUUAUUGUUAAUGAGUUAAUGAGAUAACUCGUCUUGAGCUCUUUCCUAUUUAAAAAGCUCAUGCGAUUUAACUCGUCUCGAGCACGACAAGAACAAAAUAAUUUGACGAGUAUACUCGCGCAGAGCACCGAAAAGGUUAAUUUUAAUACAGUACCAUGAAAAAAUUGACUUAAGGAUUAAUAAAGGAUUAAAUAAAUAAAGCGUUCGACUCGUCUCUCGAACGAUACAAAACGCAACAUAUAAAUCAUUAGUUAAAAACGAUCGAAUAAUUACCAACCACCGGAUAUUUCCUCGAAAACCUCUCGCGUAAUCAUCCAAGAACCGCACAUCUUUCGGUAACACUAUCGUAGAAAACUCGAAGGACAGGACUCGAAGGAUAGUCGUUGAUCAUCCCGAUGCAACUCACCGUUGCGUCCUCGGUGCUGCCACUUCCUCGUGAGACUAUCCCUGCGCUAUUUUUUCCCCUGACAAUCUUUAAUCUUCCAAUUCGUUGUACGCGUGAACGGAUAAACAAAUCUUUGAACUUUACGAUGGAAAGAGAGACGAACGAACAAACGAACGAACGAGCGAACGAACGAUUGACGGAUCGGGAAAGCUCGAUCUAAGCGCACCUACGAACGAGGAGUCCGUGACUGGUGCGUGGGCGGACUGGCGAGUCUCGUGGUUUCGAAAGUAUCGACCAACCGGCGUGAAAUCGUAAAAUGGUCCCAACGAUGGAUUGGCCGAGGAAACCGCGGAAAGGCGGCGACCAAUGUUUCUCUGUCUUCGAAAAGGAUUCCAACCGCCAGUGAUAAUCUCUGAGCCUAAGCGGCUUCGUCGGCGACCAAUCGAGAAGAUCCUCUCGGCUGGCACAGGGCCGCCAUGCUGCUCCCGCAGGUUCCUAAUUUAGAGUUCAAUUAGCGCCUCCGGAGCACAGGAGAACCGUACCGUGGCAUCGAUUGGACGGUUCUUCGGAGGGAACCGUCGCGGAACGAAAGAAAAAAAAAAGACAUCGAACGAAGACGACGAUACGUCAGCGGUGAGUCUUCGAACGUCUCGUCCUCGCCGACUAGUGUGAAAUAUCGCGCCCAAGUGUUACGAGCACGACCACGCGGCCGCGGGACCGAAUAGUCGAGACUAUUCAACGAAUACGUCCGUCACCGACGCUUUCCGUCCAUUCUGCCUCCUUUCCCACGUUCCGUUUCCCUAUCCUUGAAAAACAAUUCCCUCCUCGAUUAGUCUGGUUUUCCGUAAAAUUCGAUCGAGAAUAACCAAAGGAAGAACCAGAGUUAUUCUUCAAAAUUUUCCGCUUUCAAUCCUUUCUAUCAGUUCAGUCCUCGAGUGGUAACAAUUUUGACGUUUCUUCUCUUUCUUCUAUAGGAACGAUCGUCCCCUUUCCCUUACUUUUCUUACUUCCUUCACCUAGUCGAUUCGCGAGCCCUUGGAAUUGUCGAUAUACAAGGAUUAGAGAAGAUACAGAGCUAAGCAAAAAGAGCGUCAAGUCUGUUCCGAGACUCGGUUGCAGAGGCGAACGAGUCGGAAGAUAGUCGAGGAACAGGGACCAUGCAGCCAGCAGUGGCGACUAAGCCUGGUUCACCGACGCAUUCGUCCUGUUGCGAAAGGGAACGGGAAAGAGAGGCUCGCGAAGAUCGCGAACGCGAACGUGAACGCGAUCGCGAACGCGAACGUGAAUGCGAACGCGAACGCAGCACCGUUGGACGACAAGGACAAGCGACUCCCGACGACGAUCGCGAGGAACAGAACGAAGAAAGGCAGGCGAUAUCGGGCCAGAAUAUCGCCGCUAUGACUAUCGGCCGAAGUCAGGGAUUACCUUUGUCCCUGUCCCUCGAGGACAGGGAUUUGUGGACCAAGUUCCAGUGUCUCACCAAUGAAAUGAUCGUCACGAAGAACGGGAGACGAAUGUUUCCAGUUGUCAAGAUAGUCGCGCGGGGAUUAGAACCAAAAGCCAUGUACACUCUUCUUCUUGAAUUCGUCCAAGUGGAUCCGCACAGAUGGAAAUACGUGAACGGCGAAUGGGUCCCAGGUGGAAAGGCGGAAGUCGCUCCACCGAAUCCGAUUUACAUCCACCCGGAGAGUCCGAAUUUCGGAUCCCAUUGGAUGAAGGAGCCGGUGUCGUUCGCCAAAGUGAAGCUGACGAACAAAUCUAACGGGAACGGACAGAUUAUGCUCAACUCGCUGCACAAAUACGAGCCACGUGUUCAUUUAGUGCGCGUGGACGCAGUGGAGCAACGAACGGUUCUUACGUACCGAUACCCUGAGACACAGUUCAUAGCAGUGACGGCUUAUCAGAACGAGGAAGUGACGAAUCUGAAAAUCAAAUACAACCCUUUCGCUAAAGCGUUCCUCGAUGCCAAGGAAAGACCUCCCGAUCCGCAGACUUAUCCCCAAUACACAGGUGCUUGGUUUUUACCACAACCUGGUAUGGGCUACGAGUACAACACCGCUACAGCGAUCGCAGCUGUCCAGAAUCAAGCGUCAGCGACAGUCAAUAAUCAUCUCUCGAAUACGUGCACAAUUUCUACGGUUGGCCAUAGAAAUACUUGCAGAUCGACGCCUUACACGCUCAGGCAUAAGUACAUUCAAGAUGAACAAAGGACGGAUCCGUACAGUCCAGUACAGCUGUUACACUCGACGGCGUAUGUGACAGCAUCGGGAUGGUCAUCGCGAAGUCCGGAAUCUCUUCAAAACCCAAGUCCGGCAUGUUUGCCGCCUAGCCAAGAAUGGGCAACGUCGCCUUCGCCAUCGCCAACUUCUACCUCGCAUGGAAUAUUCGGCAGAAACAGUUUGGGAACACCCUCGUCGACUACAGCUACGGCUACCGCAACGGGAUGCGCUUUCUACGUACCGACCAACGUAUCUUCAGUUCCUCAAGAACACGGUCAUUGCACGGACACUUCGACUUGGAUUCACCCCACCACCCUUUCGGAACAACAACACCAACAGCAACAAUCUUAUUUAAACUUGAAUCUACACUUGCAUCACCAGAUGUCAUCGUACGGUCCAGUUUCACACGGCGGCUUGCAUCACUCUUUGCAUCCAAACGGGAUGGACGGCACGGUUCCUCCGGUCGACGAAUACGUUCACGAGUAUCAGGCGACACCUGUCCAAUCAACGACACCGGACCGUCAUCAGCAACACCAUCAUCCUCAAAUGCUGCAUUUACAACCGAUUCAACAGACCGGAACUGUAUCUCCUGUCAGCGUAGAAUACGAUACUCCUCCGAAGGAGCAUCAUAUACCGGUCAGUUACCCCGAUCAAAAUACGAAUACGCUAAAUGAUGUACAGUCGGAAGAGAACAGAAGAUACUUGACAACGGUUAUCGAUAGACAUCACCAUCAAGAGUCAGACAUUCCAACAAACGAUCAUCAAACCGCCGCUUGGACACCAUUGACACCACCGCCUGCUCCCCAAACUACGGCGAUUUGAUUCAAGUAUGUGAUACAACUGCGACUAGUUUUAUUUAUACUACUUAGCUACCUAGCUAUUCGGACGUUUCUACAUUUCUUUUUAUAGUUAGACGAUUAAACGGAAAUUAAAACCGACGCGUAAAAUAAAUAUCAAAUUGUACACAGUGUCCGUUUAAGUGCAAUACGAAUAGUACGAUAGACUUUUACUUGGACAACCCUUAUACGACCAGACCUUUCAGCCGAAAAAACGAAUGCCAAUUAUCGUUUAUCGGUUCUUCCUACAAAUAAUCUAUGCAUGCAUAUGUAUAGGAACCUAUACUGUAUCUUCGUUUUUAACAACACCGAGAGAAACAGCUUUAACGAUUCAACGAUACUUCCAAAUUAAAUAAAUAAUUUGGCCAAGUACUUAAAGUAUGCAUUCGCAUAUACAAUUGCGCAGACAGAUUAACAAAUUCGGAUAAAUACGAUCAACGAAAAUGUUCUUUAUGAUAAAUUUAUACGACUAAUGAAAAUGUAAUAUUUAUAUAGCAUAAAGAAAUGGUAAAGAUCUACUUGUACCACAUAAAAACGUUAAUUUAAUGAUAUGUGUGCUGUAAACGAAAUCGAAAUUCAAAAUAAAAUUAACGAGAGAAAGACUGUUUAAACGAUUACUGGGAUGAUAAGAUAAAAAAAUACAUUUAGUCGGACAAAAAGGAAUGAUCGCGUAAUGUGUCGAUGAUCUAUUUACCGACAGACUGUUUUUAUCUGAAGAUAGAUUAUCUGAAAAUGCGAUCGGUCGAAAUAGGGCCGAGUAACCGAAAGUCUACCGUACGUAUAGAUAUAUCAAAUUAUCGUUAAGUAUAGAAUACAACACACAAGAUCGAGAUACGAAAAUUACAUUGAUACCACGCGAUAGAAGAGAAAUAGCGUUUAACGUUUCUAAUGGGAUUAAUUAAACGGUUUGUACAUUUUAUUUUACAAACUGUUUCAAUAGUAAUCGAUGUGUUUUGCAAUCGAUUAUCGGCAUCAAUU